CCCCUCCUGCCGCAGCCCCCUAUCGCCCGGUCAGCCCCGAGGAGUUGCCCCGUGGCCACGGCAGACGGAAGCCCAGCAAGAGUCUCGGCAGAGGCGGCGGCAGGAUGGGAGACUCCAAAGUGAAAGUGGCCGUCCGGAUCCGGCCCAUGAACCGAAGAGAAAUUGACUUGCAUACCAAAUGUGUGGUGGAUGUAGAUGCAAACAAGGUUAUUCUUAAUCCUGUAAAUACUAAUCUUUCCAAAGGAGAUGCCCGAAGCCAGCCAAAGGUGUUUGCAUAUGACCAUUGUUUCUGGUCUAUGGAUGAAUCUGUCAAAGAAAAGUAUGCAGGUCAAGAUGAUGUUUUUAAGUGCCUUGGGGAGAAUAUUCUUCAAAAUGCUUUUGAUGGCUAUAAUGCAUGUAUCUUUGCCUACGGACAGACUGGAUCUGGAAAAUCUUACACUAUGAUGGGUACGGCUGACCAACCUGGACUAAUCCCAAGACUUUGUAGUGGACUCUUUGAACGAACUCAGAAAGAGGAAAACGAAGAGCAGAGUUUUAAAGUAGAAGUGUCCUAUAUGGAAAUUUAUAAUGAAAAAGUCAGAGACCUUCUUGAUCCCAAAGGAAGCCGUCAAACGUUAAAAGUCAGAGAGCACAGUGUGCUGGGACCCUAUGUUGAUGGACUUUCUAAACUGGCUGUCACGAGCUACAAGGAUAUCGAGUCUUUGAUGUCUGAGGGUAACAAAUCCCGCACAGUCGCCGCAACCAACAUGAACGAGGAGAGCAGCCGAUCCCACGCAGUCUUCAAAAUCACCCUCACGCACACUUUGUACGACGUGAAGUCUGGGACGUCUGGAGAGAAGGUGGGCAAGCUGAGCCUGGUGGAUCUGGCCGGCAGUGAGCGAGCAACAAAAACUGGAGCUGCCGGUGACAGGCUGAAGGAGGGGAGCAACAUUAACAAGUCCCUCACAACCCUCGGUCUGGUUAUCUCAGCCCUUGCAGAUCAGAGUGCUGGCAAAAACAAGAAUAAGUUUGUUCCAUAUCGCGACUCAGUUCUCACGUGGCUGCUCAAAGACAGUCUUGGGGGUAACAGUAAGACGGCAAUGGUAGCUACCGUGAGUCCGGCAGCUGAUAACUAUGACGAGACCCUUUCCACUCUGCGGUACGCAGACCGUGCCAAGAACAUCGUGAACCACGCCGUGGUGAAUGAGGAUCCUAAUGCACGCAUUAUCCGGGAUUUGAGGGAAGAAGUAGAGAAACUCCGAGAGCAGCUAACCAAAGCAGAGGCAAUGAAAUCUCCAGAGCUAAAAGAGCGGCUGGAAGAAUCCGAGAAGCUAAUCCAGGAAAUGACCGUGACCUGGGAGGAGAAAUUAAGGACUACCGAGGAGAUUGCCCAGGAGCGACAGAAACAACUGGAGAGCCUUGGAAUAUCUCUUCAAUCUUCUGGAAUUAAAGUUGGGGAUGAUAAGUGUUUCCUUGUUAAUCUGAAUGCUGAUCCUGCUUUGAAUGAACUUCUGGUUUACUAUUUAAAGGAGCAUACAUUGAUAGGUUCAGCAAAUUCCCAAGAUAUCCAGCUAUGUGGAAUGGGAAUUCUUCCUGAACACUGUAUUAUAGACAUCAUGCCAGAAGGCCAGGUUAUACUGACUCCUCAAAAGAACACCAGGACAUUUGUCAACGGCUCCUCUGUGUCCAGCCCUGUGCAGCUGCACCACGGGGACAGGAUACUGUGGGGCAACAACCACUUCUUCAGAUUGAAUUUGCCUAAGAAGAAAAAGAAAGCAGACCGAGAGAAUGAGGAGCAAGACACCUCCAUGAAGAACGACACCAGUUCUGAGCAGCUGGAUGUAGACGGGGACUCCUCCAGCGAGGUGUCCAGUGAGGUCAACUUCAACUACGAGUACGCGCAGAUGGAGGUCACCAUGAAGGCUCUGGCUAAUAACGAUCCAAUGCAGUCAAUAUUGAACAGCCUGGAACAGCAGCACGAAGAAGAAAAGCGAUCGGCGCUGGAGCGCCAGAGGCUCAUGUACGAGCACGAGCUGGAGCAGCUGCGCAGGAGGCUGUCUCCCGAGAAGCAGAACUGCCGUAGCGUGGACAGGUUUUCUUUCCACUCCCCCAGCGCUCAGCAGCGCCUGAGACAGUGGGCCGAAGACAGAGAAACAACACUGAAUAACAGUCUGAUGAGGCUGAGGGAACAAAUUGUUAAAGCCAAUCUGUUGGUGAGAGAAGCUAAUUACAUUGCAGAAGAACUGGAUAAAAGAACAGAGUAUAAAGUAACCUUACAGAUUCUAGCCUCCAGCCUUGAUGCCAACAGCAAGCGAGGCUCUCUUCUCAGUGAACCUGCGAUCCAGGUGAGAAGAAAAGGAAAAGGAAAGCAGAUUUGGUCUUUGGAAAAGUUGGACAACAGGUUGUUGGAUAUGAGAGACCUUUAUCAGGAGUGGAAGGAGUGUGAAGAAGAUAGCCCGGUGAUACGGUCGUACUUCAAGCGUGCUGAUCCAUUCUAUGAUGAGCAGGAGAACCACAGUCUCAUUGGUGUGGCUAACGUCUUCCUGGAGUCCCUCUUCUAUCGUGUGAAGUUACAGUAUGCUGUUCCUAUUGUCAACCAGAAAGGAGAGGUGGCAGGGCGGUUGCAUGUAGAGGUGAUGCGCACCAGUGGUGACAUUGAGGAUAGGAUUGCUGGUGGAGAUGAUGCCGCAGACGCCUCCUUUGAUAAGGAAACCCCUGAGAACAAACUGACAUGCAUGGUUAAAAUACUCCAAGCCACUGGGUUGCCACAGCAUCUGUCCCACUCUGUAUUCUGCAAAUACAGCUUCUGGGACCAGCAGGAGCCAGUCAUCGUUGAGACUGAAAUGGAUACCUCGUCCUCUCCUGUUAACAAGGAACCUCAGUGCAUGGUUGUCUUUGAUCAUUGCCAUGAGUUUUCUGUUAACAUCACUGAAGACUUUAUUGAACACCUUUCAGAAGGGGCGUUGGCAAUUGAAAUAUAUGGCCAUAAAGUGACCGAUCCUCGGAGAAACCCAGCCCUGUGGGAUCUGGGGAUUAUCCAAGCAAAAACACGUAGUCUUCGGGACAGAUGGAGUGAAGUCACCAGGAAAAUGGAAUUCUGGGUUCAGAUUCUGGAACAGAAUGAGAAUGGUGAAUACUGCCCUGUAGAAGUAAUUUCUGCAAAGGACGUGCCUACAGGAGGCAUCUUCCAGCUCCGGCAGGGGCAGUCCCGGCGAGUCCAAGUGGAAGUGAAGACUGUGCAGGAGUCCGGGACGUUACCUCUGAUGGAAGAAUGCAUAUUGUCUGUUGGAAUCGGAUGUGUAAAAGUUAGAGCACUCAGAUCCCCCAGGACACAGGAGACCUUCCAUGAGGAAGAGGAGGACAUGGACAGCUACCAGGAUCGGGAUUUAGAGAGACUACGUAGAAAAUGGCUAAAUGCGUUAACAAAACGUCAGGAGUACUUAGAUCAACAACUGCAAAAGCUUGUCAGUAAACAUGAUAAAACAGAAGAUGAUGCUGACCGCGAAGCUCAACUGCUGGAGAUGAGGCUGACUCUCACUGAAGAAAGGAAUGCAGUCAUGGUCCCCUCUGCCGGCAGUGGGAUUCCGGGGGCCCCAGCAGAAUGGACCCCGGUUCCUGGGAUGGAAACACACAUUCCUGUUAUAUUCCUUGACCUAAAUGCUGAUGACUUCAGCUCUCAGGAUAAUCUUGAUGACCCGGAAGCUGGUGGAUGGGAUGCUACCCUCACGGGGGAAGAAGAGGACGAGUUCUUUGAAUUGCAGAUUGUGAAACAGCAUGAUGGGGAGGUGAAAGCAGAAGCCUCCUGGGACUCCGCAGUGCAUAGUUGUCCUCAGCUCAGUAAAGGCACCCCUGUGGAUGAGCGAGUGUUUCUGAUCGUGCGGGUGACGGUCCAGCUCAGCCAUCCAGCUGACAUGCAGCUGGUAUUACGCAAACGGAUCUGCGUCAGUGUUCAUGGGCGGCAGGGUUUUGCUCAGAGUCUCCUAAAAAAGAUGUCUCAUCGAAGUUCUAUUCCUGGCUGUGGAGUGACUUUUGAAAUUGUCUCCAAUAUUCCAGAGGAUGCCCAGGGAGUAGAGGAACGAGAAACAUUAGCAAGAAUGGCAGCUAAUGUUGAAAACACGGCUUCUGCUGACUCAGAGGCGUAUAUUGAGAAAUACCUCAGAAGCGUGCUGGCUGUGGAGAACCUCCUCACUUUAGACCGCCUGCGCCAGGAAGUUGCGGUGAAGGAGCAGCUGACAGGAAAAGGGAAGCUGAGUAGGCGGAGCAUCAGCUCCCCCAGCGUGAACAGACUGUCUGGCAGCCGACAAGACCUCGUUCCGACCUGCAGCCUAGGCAGCAACAAGGGCCGGUGGGAGAGUCAACAGGAUGUAUCGCAGAUCGUGGUUUCCAGGGGAGCAGCUCCAGUGGCCCCAGCCCUCCCUGGUGGUCCCCAAAAUAACCAUUCUCCUGACCCAGGACUUAGUAGCCUAGCGGCCUCCUACUUGAAUCCAGUGAAAUCCUUUGUGCCGCAGAUGCCAAAGCUGCUGAAGUCUCUCUUCCCCGUUCGCGAUGAGAAGAGGGGCAAACAGCCGCCUCCCCGAGCACACCAGCCGGUGCCCCGGAUCCUGGUGCAGCCCGCCCCGCCGGACGCCCGGACGACCAGGACGGCGGAGGCUCACCGGGAGAACACCGGGGUGAGAGUGGCCCCCGACGUGACCAUGACCGUGCAGACUGCUCCAGUGCUGAAGACCAAGGACAGACCAACUCAAAUGCCUUCGCCACCAAACACGACCGCCAACACCCAGGUCCCCGAAGCGCAGGAUGGGCCACCGAGCCCCCUGAGCGAGGCCUCCAGCGGGUACUUCUCACACAGCGUCUCCUCCACCACGCUGUCCGACGCUGCGGCCCCGGGCCUGGAUGCUGCAGCCCAGGCGGGUGGGCAGACGCCUGGCUCGCCCCCUCCUGUCCCCUGCCUGGACUCCGAGACCCUGUUUUCUUCUGCUGCCCCAGGUGCAGACCACACUCUCCCUGCCCUGCUGGAGGGUCAGAGCAGCCUUCUGUCACUGCCUGUCCCAGCAAAGCAGACUCCACUGAGUGACAGUGAUGGUGACAGUGCCAGUGUGGCCCAGGCCAAGGGAGCGGUUCCCUCGGAGAAGCAGAAUGAAAAGGCAAGAACUUCACCUACACGUCUUCCCGCUUCCACCCCCCAGGAGUCGCCCAGCCCACCGAGCAGAGAUGACAGCUCCUCUGCCACCACGCCGCUGGGAAGACCCAAGGACCAGACCAGGCCGAACACCCGCUUAGAGCUGGAUGUCUCCAAACCACAGCUGCCUCCUGACCUCCGGUCCCAGUCGCCCGCUCCAGCAUCCCCGUUCAGGAUCCGGAAGGUGCGGACCUCGGAGCUGAAGUCAUUUUCACGCAUGCUUGGCGGGGACCCUGGCGGCCCUGCUAGUGCCGAGGAGGACCUGCCGGCCUCGGGAGGGACUGGCGACGGCGGCUCUGGAGGGCAGAGCCCGGAGAAGCUGGACGUUUCCUCCGAUUCCGAGGACACCAGCGAAGUCCCGGAGUGGCUCAGGGAAGGAGAGUACGUUACCGUGGGCACCAGCAAACUGGGCAUCGUCAGGUACAUCGGGCCCACCGACUUCCAGGAGGGGACCUGGGUCGGCGUGGAGCUGGACCUACCUUCAGGUAAGAACGAUGGCUCCAUCGGAGGAAAGCAGUACUUCAAGUGCAACCCGGGCUACGGGCUGCUGGUGAGGCCAGGCCGGGUGCGCAGGGCGGCGGGUGCCAGCCGGCGGCGCAGUGCGGGGCUCCGGCUGCAGGGCGCCCCCGAGCCCCGCAGGAGCAGCACUCUCUCCGGCUCCGCCACCAACCUGGCCUCCCUGACAGCAGCUCUGGCCAAGGCCGAGGGCACCUCUGCACUGCGGGUGGACAGGAGCCCCAAGAACCCCGAGGACCGGAAGUCCUGGGCCAGCUGAGCCAGCACCAUGUGGUGCGUGCCGACGGCCGGGCGAUGACAGCCCCGGCUGGGAUUGGAGCUGGGCGGCCCUGUCCCGCACACCCCCUUCCCUGAGGGAGCAGGCACGGAAGGCUCUCUGCAGGACGCCGGGCUGGUGACCUCCCCGAUUCUCCCAGGACCCCGGAAACUUCGAUUCUUCCUCCACCCAGACAACAAGGAGGAGGCCUCUCCUCAGGGUAGUGGGUUGAAGGUUCUAGGAACCCAGACUGGUCCUGGCUUGUGGGGAAGGAGGCCCUGAGGGCACCUGCCACCCCCUUCAUCCCCUGGUCAUGGGGCUCCUCCCACCUGGGGCUGCUGGGGCCCCUGUUCUGUUCUGGCAACCCCAUUAACCUCGUAAUUUAAAGAACAGCCCUAACCAGUGCCUUCUCUUCUCCCAGAGGCAGGGUCCUCCGCUUGCCCCCAGGGUGGGCUGGCUCCUCCCCCCAAAUCCCCACACCAGGUACCACGCAAGCGCCUCUGGUCGGCCCCUCAGGGCUCCUGGCCCAAGGUUAGGUCCUGUGUGACCCAGAGAGGGCCACAGGGUCUGCCCGCCCGCCGGUCCCUCGUCCUUCUCCCAGCGUUUCUGAGGGUUUUCUCUGUGGUGGCUGUGGCAUCUUCAUACCCAGAAAGUUUUUCUCCUUGCCAUUUAGUCCCUUAACAGAGUGUUUGGAAUAUAUUUAUUUAUAUUUAUUUUUCAAAAUCUGAAAUGAUUCGCGAGUCACAAUCGCCUGCCCAGGUGCAAGUGCCCAGGGCCAGCCUCCUGCCUCAGGCAAGGGACCCCACACGGCCAGAGAUGACCGCCCGCCCCCAAUUUUCCUUGAAUAAAGAUACGCCAGUGGCCUUCCCCUGAGACGACCUCGAAAACUUGGAGAGUUAUGUUGUGUUUUCAGUCAGUGACAAAGGCAGGCAGAGGCAUAAGACCUUGUUUGGUGCAGUCCUGGGGUCUGGGAAGGUCCUUCGGCAGUUUAACUUUUUGGCAGUGCUAUCCCUGGACCCCGUGGGAGGGAGCCCGCCCCACCGUCCCUGUGGAGCCGCACACCAGGCCAGGCGCCCCGCCGGGCUCCGCUGGAGGGCAUCUGCGGAAGGGGGCAGAGGGCAGGUGCGCUGCAGACCGGGGAGGGGUUGGGCUCCGCCAGGCCGGGGCUCCUGGCCCCUCUGCAGCAGGAGCCCUCGGGCACCAGCGCCUCCGCAGGCAACCGAGCCCGGGGCUGGGUCUGUGCACUGCGAUCCUGGCUGCCUGGCUAUACUUUUCCUGUGUAGACUCUAAAAACAACACUCAGAACACUUUUUUUCUUCUUUAAAUCUCUGGUUCUCUAGUUAUUUGAAGCUCCUCUUGAGAAACGGUGCCAGGUUUCCUGCCCCUGGGUGGGCUGCUCACGGGGACACUCCUGGGACACGGCUGCGCAUGCUCAGACCCACGGGAGAGGGGCCGAGGAUUGGGUAGCUCCUGGCAGCAACUUGUGGUGAUGCCCGGCCGGACCUCGGGUCCUGUGUCUCCCGACCACCACUGGCGGCCAGGUCAGGCUGACUGCCCCUCCCCGGCACCCUCGGUGGGUGGGACUGCAAGGUAGAACCGCUCGGAGCUGGCGAGUGCCGGCCGGGCGCUGCCCACCCUGGGGUCCGCCGGGACGUGGCGGUGUUCCGCCUGCACAGGGCAGCGGCUGGCGCUCCCUGCUCCUCCUCGCGUUCUCAGAGGGGGCAGACCAGGAGGUCACGAGCCUGCCCCUCAUUAAGCCUUAUCUCAGCCCAGGUUCCCAGUUCUGGGUCUAGAAGGAUCUCACAGGCAACAGGCUGAAGCCAGGGAAAGUUCAGGGAAGUUUCCAGUGUCCAGAAGCCCCAGCUUCUGACUCCCAGCCUGGGCUCUCUCCCUGUCCCCACGAAGCAGACUGCCAGUCCCGCCUCAGGUCCCCGUGGUGUCAGCCCGCCCCGCCCCAGCGUAGGGAGCUCACGGGCCACAGCCAGGUUUUGGUAGUUUAACCCGCCACCCUCUUCAUGAGGAUCUGCAGGCCCCGCCCCCAGCUCGGCCUCCUGGGAGGCUGGAGCAGUCAGCUCCCCCGAGACAGCUGCCUGCAGCGUCCUGUCCUCCUGCCCGUCACCCCUGGCCUGGGAGGUAGGUGUCUCUGGUUUUGUAGUCCCGGCCACUAGACACGAGGGCGCCCAUGGGUGGAGGUUUGCCCUCCACAAGGGCUGGCCGGGAGGCUCCGCUGUCUCCUCUGGCAGGGGCCGUGGGCCUGCUGCAUGCACCCUCCUGCCCGCGCCUGGGCCCGGGCCCCUGAGGGAGGUGUGCUCGGUCCUGUGCUCUGCGCGUCUGCGGAACCUCCAGCACAGGUCCCCAGAGUCCCUUUCAGUUGGAGUGUCUCCCUGCCUCCAUCAGCGUGGUCUGUGGGCCGCGGGGCCAGCACCCAUCCCCCUUUCUCAGGGCAGACGACCUGCUCGCUGUAGGGAAGACACAAAGGGAGGGAAGGUCGCCGGGUGGGUGUGGCCCUUCCUCACUUGGCAGGUGCUCAAUGGUGCCUGUCUGCCGCGUGACGUGGGGGCAGUGGGGCCAGUCAGGGACCGCCCAGGGCGGGUCUGCCUCAGGCCCUCUUGGUGCGGGACAGGUUUCCCAACAGAGUCCAGGUGAUUCUGAGAGGACAUCGAUUACAGCUGGGCACAGUGAGACGCAGGAAGGCCUUAGGGUAGAAGAAGCAGCAGGAGAGAGCCCGGCCGGCGCUGUGCUCUGGCUUCCCUGGAGAGUCACAGGGAAGGAGUGAGCCCAGGCAGCGCUGCGGUCGACUCACUGGGACAUUAGAGAAAAGGGGCCUUGGAGACAGGGUGGGGGGCAGGGGAGCCCGGGACAAGCUGACAUGGCCCGCUGCUCCCCUGGUUGCAGGUCUCCGGGGGGCCCUUAGAGGUUGGGAAGAAAUUAAAAGCCCAGGCCCAGCGAGGGGCAUGGGGCUGCCCCACAGCCAGCCACCCAGGGCCUGUGUCUUGAGGGCCUUUCUCUCUCUCCUGCAGGUGAGAGUCUCGGGGGAGGGUUUGGGCAGAAUGUUCCUUAGCUUCCCAGGUGCAUCAGAGUGAGCGUGUAGGGGAGAUGGGGCUUGUUCUUGGUCUGCUUUUCUGUUUCCCUUUUGUCUUGGGUCCUCUGGCUCUAAUCCGGUCUUUGCUCUUUGUUCCCCGGACUUCACCGUCCUUGGGUUUGGCUGCACAAGUGGCAUUCCCUGGGUGUCUGUCCUGUCUCUCCCGACCAGGGAGAUGUGAACUGUGCAUUCUCUGGUCAGGGAGGAGAGGGAGUGACCCUUUGCUCUCAGGUGACCUUGGUUGGGGAAGCUAAGGUCUUGUCAUUCACUAGCUGGCUGCAAGUUGUUCAAAUUGUUUGGUCUUGUCUAAUGAUCUUGUCUGUUCCGCAUUCUCCUUGCCCAGGAAGUUUUCCAGCUUCUUACUGUGCUGCCUCAGCAGCAGUUUUCCAGAACUGUCCUGGGAAGGUCGGUGGGGAGUGAGGGGUGUCACGCUGUCUGUCCUUUGGUUUGAUUAAAAUGGGACAGACGGUGAUGGAGUUGUGGGCUCAGAUGGGCUUUUAUCAGCUGAAGCGCAAGCCAGUGGGUGAGCUCUGAGUGAUCGGGGAGUCCUGUUCUCUGGAGGCUUCGGGGCCCCUUCUUUUCUUCCCCGCAACUCGGUCUCCUGAGCUUGCGGUGCUCCCACUCAUCCUGUCUCCAGCCUGAACCCUCCCUGGGAGCCAGGAGGGCCCCUCAGCCUGACGUGGAGUGAGGCUCCCAGAGACCCUGAGCAGCCAAGCGGGGUUGGCCGGGAUGGCGGCGUGGUCAUGGCUUUCAGCAGCUCGUGCCGUUUCCAAAAGCAGCCCUGUCUCCAGGGAGGGAAGCGCCGCCAAUGCUGUCAGCUCGUGGGGCUGCCCGAGAGAGAGCGUGUCAGGGAGCAGGCGUGGGUCCCGUGGGCGCCCCUGUGCAGGGCGUUUGCGAAGUGGCCACGCUGGUCCCCGUCAGCACCCGGCUGGGCCUGUCCCCCUGAGUCCCUGCAGGGGGAGCACCUGUGGUCCUGGGCCCCCGCUUGCUGCUGGCUCUGCUCCCUGGACAUCCCUUCAGAGCCAGUGUGUUGCUGGCUCCCGCAGGGUGCACACGAGACACUGGUGCCCUUGUCACCCUAUCACGGCCCCCCUCUUCCUGGGGGCUGAGCCCUCCUGGUCCCAGGGGUUUGCCGUGAGUGCUGGAGGGAGGCCUGCCCCGCCCCCCUCUCCUGGUUCCCCUUGCGUCAUGGUGCAGACCGACCUGACUUGUUGCUGGAACAGCAGUGCCAUGCAGAUGUCACUAAAGCCACAAGCCCGUACAGCCCCACAGCCCAGCAGGCGCCUCAGAUGCAGGUUUGAGAGUCCUGUGAGGACCAGAGCCCGAGGGGGGGGGCUCUGCUUCAUCCUCCCUCGUUCCGCCUACUAAUCAGCUGACCUAACUUUACAGGCAGUGUCAGCAUUGGGGUUCACCGUGCGUUGCCUUGCAGGGUCCAGGCUCUGGACGCAGUGUGAUGGCAGGAGGGAACGGCCACGCCGUUCAGAAGUCGGGGGCCAAGUGAGGACGUGUCUGAGGCUGGGGGUGCCACAUGAGCACCCCCAGGCAGACACUGGGUGCAAACCUCCUGGCCUCUGCCUCCCGCUCUGCACUGCCACCUCCCCCUCCCAGGGGGCUGAGGGUGGUGGGGAGCGGCUGUCCCGCUGCCCAGCCUGGCCAGAGGGGACAGGGGAGCAGGAGGACAGAGCCAGUGAAGGACUGCACGUCUAGUGAGGGAACACACUCCAAACAGAACCAUCAGAGAGUCCGAGAGGCUUAGGAGGUGUUUAGAUGCCCCUUGCUUACAUUUUCUGCCCCUGCCAUAACGUUCCCUGUUUACGGAGCUGACAGAGUCCACGGGGACUUACCGUCCUGGCCCAAGGCCGCCCAUGGGCCACAUGUCAUGGUGCCCUCCGCUCCCAGGGCCGCCUCGGGUAGGCAGUGUUGAGACAGUGGCCACUGCCUGCCUGCCAUGCCUCCCUUUGGGGCCGGGAGUGCGGCCUGGUUCAUGCCCAGGACACGGACGUGACCGUCCCUGCAUGCGUGUUCCUCUCCAGGAGGCCCAUUGUCCUGGCCGGCCGCUGACACGGUGUGCGUGGGGCGGUCUGGGGACGCCGCCUCUGCGUGCGGAGUUCUCUGGGUGUGAGGGGCUCACGUGUGAAGACGCUGUUUUGCUUGGGGGAGGAUGUGGGUUUGCUACACGUGACAUGGGAGUUUAAAAACAUCCAAAGACUGUGAUGACUUGUAAUGACUCGAUGACUUGUAUGAUGAACUGAACCCCUGUAAUUUUGUGCCCUGUAUGCCUUUCCACCACGUGACCCGCCGCUUCUAAAUAAAAUCAGAUGAUUUCUUGCCUGA